GUAUUGGUGGAUGUGUUUAUCUGAAAUGUUGAAAUAAAUAACACAGUUAAAAAUUUUAGUACGUUCAAAAGUAAAUUAAAAGAAAGAACAACAUCUAUCAUUAAUAAAAUAGUGCGAGUAAAAACUAUCGUGAAAUAUUAUUUAAUUGUAUUUAGGCAAUGCUAUUGGUGUCUUAGAGGAGGUAUCUCACAUUAAACAGUGAUACAUUUUCAAAUAAAAUGGGAAAGCUAUUGAGUUUAUUAGCUCGAGAUGAUUCAAAUUGCUGUUCAUCGCCAAGAUAUGAUAUAUUUCUGGAUUUUGAGAAUGCAGCGCCUACAGAUACGGAGCGAGAAGUGUACGAAGAAGUUCAGAGAGUGCUGAUAGUUUCUGAUAAAAUCUUAGAAGAAAUACAAUGUUACAAGGGAGCUGGAAAGGAGAUACGAGAAGCUAUUGCUGAUCCUUCCACCAUCACUCAAGAGAGAGCGUGGCGUGCGGUCAAACCCCUGGUUGACAAACUGCACAGGUUUUACAAUCAUUCGAUGGAGUUGCAAAAGGUGGUGCCACGAGUGUUGGGUUCACUGGUCGGCGGCGGAAUGAGUCCGACACAACACUUGGAGCAGCAGCAGGCCCUCGUGAAACAGUUCGCUGAAAUACUGGAGUUCGUCUUGAAGUUCGAUGAACACAAAAUGAAAACACCAGCCAUCCAGAAUGACUUCAGCUACUACAGACGGAUAGUCUCUCGGGGUGGACUCAUAAAUGCAGAACCGCCCUCCGGGGAAGAACCACAUCUUGGCGCCGAGGUCGCCAACAGAAUGUCUCUCUUCUACGCACAAGCUACUCCAAUGCUGAAAGUGUUGUCAGAAUCCACGAGUCAGUUCGUGAACGAUAAUCAACAAGAUCUGGAGAAUACGACGGAAACCCUGAGUACGAUGGCCAAAGUUUGCUUGAGGAUGUUGGAGAACCCGAAACUGGUCGCACAAUUCAGCCGCGAGGAGACUUCACUUCUCGUGCUGCGCGUGAUGGUCGGCCUGAUCAUCCUCUACGACUGGGUCCAUCCUUCAGGAGCAUUCUGCCGUUCCUCGUCCGUGGACGUGAAGGGCUGUGUGAAGUUCCUCCAGCAACAACCACCGCCGAAAGCCGAGCCACUCCUCAACGCCCUGCGGUAUACCACCAAGCAUCUGAACAGUCAGUCGACGCCCAAGAAUAUAAGGAGUUUGUUGGCCGCGUGAGGACAGCAUUCCAGCCUUGCAUGUUGCUGUGGGGAAUGAUGUGACAAUAAUUGAUGGGGAUUUCUCGACGGCAUUUGUUCAGCUUUCAUCUUAGUCGGUUAUGGUUUGACCCCAUUUUCUUUAUGACAAUAAAUGACGAGACGAGCAAGACGUUCUGCUGAUGGUAUUUGAUACGCCCCGACCAUUACAAUACAGUGCCGCUCUGGAUUCUUGAAAAACCCAAAAAGUUCACUAGCUACGGCGCCCUUCAGACCAAAACACAAUAAUGCUUAUACAUUACUGCUUCACGGCAGAAAUAGGCGCCGUUGUGGUACCCAUAAGGUAGCCGGCAUCCUCUACAAAGGAGCCUCCUAUUAGUAAAAAUGGGCAAACAACAGUAUUAAACACCAAAGAAUUAAUCAUCUAAAUAAAUAUAUUUAUUAUGAAAGGAUUCGAAAAAAUCACUUUGAUAUAAUGUUUGAGAUUUAAAUUUUAAUACGACAAACGGCCAUGUUAAUCAAAUAAAAUUCACUUUAUUUAUUUAGGUCAAAGAAAUUACACUCAGAACUCAGAUAAUUUAUACAUGUAGAUAGUCUCUUGCUGUUAGACAACCGAUGAAAACAGGCCAGGUUUAUUACUUUAGUGUACGUGACAAGCUGCGCAAACACUCGCGAUUUGUUUUUCAGUUUGUGUUAGGGCGUGCUUUGCUCAAAACAGAAGUUAACUGUCCACCUCAAUUAUUUUCACAGGUCUCACAGUUUAUAGACAUACGUUUAAAUGAUGUAAUAUUCAGAAAAUGUUUAACGAGAAGUGACAAGAAAGCCAUUGGCACUCUUUUAAAUCAACAUUCACAGCUUCAUCGUUUUACAAAUUAUUUCAAUUACAAUCUAUGUAUUGAAACACCAAUCACUGUGCAGCUUUAAGUUUUACGCGUUUUCAUUGGUGCUGAGGCGUGACGUCACAACACGACCGUUGUAGUUCUACCAAUAGCAUUCCAGAUUUUUUACUGCCCAAAUAAAGAUUUUUUCCGAAAAAGAGACGCGUACCUACAUUAUGGAAGAGUAGACCGUAAUAAAAAUCUGUCUUGAUGCUAAUUAUAACAAUGAAGUUGUCAAUAAUAACAUGGAUUCCAUGCUUGAGACAUUUUUGCAGAAACAUUUUACUUUAAUCAAAACACAAAAUCACUGGAGCGUUUAUACAGGUCAAGAAUGUAAAUAUUUUUCGGGAAUCACAGCUGAAUUAUAUGAAGUGUAGGUUUGUUCUUGAUGGCUGUUAUUGUUGCGCUACGGUCAGUGACUCUUACUACGUUGCGUCGAUAGAAAACGAUAUCUAUCGCUCUUGAUAUACUUCUUUAUCGCUAACGCUCAGUAGCGCGUUUAUAGUAAGGGGGGAAGUGAGCGGUCGGUAUGUUACUUCGUACCAUUAACGCGCUACUGAGCGUAUGUCCGGCCACACAUAAAAUAUUGCUGUCACCUCUGGUCUGCGCACCCCAGUAUCAGCUCGAUCCAUUUGGCCGCGUGCAACACAGAGCAGCUCAAAUUGACAGGUACCCAGUUCUCUGUGAACGACUAGUAGAUUUAUUAAAUUAUAAUUAUUCGCACGACACGCCUUUAUACACUUUGCGUUGCCUAGAGACGUCGCUUCAUUGUGCGUCUUCUACUGCAUUUAUCACGGGUUCAAGGAAACAGCUGUUUCCUGCCGCUGAAUUCUACCUUCGCACGACACGCUGCAAGUUAGGAUAUCAUCCCCACCAUCUGGAUGUAUGGCGUUUUACCCACAGUGUGGUUUUCAAGGAGCUUUCUUCCUCGUACUACAAAUCUGUAGAAUAAGCUUCCUUGUGUGGUGUUUCCGGGACUAUACGACAUGGGUACCUUCAAAAAAAGCGCGUACACCUUCCUUAAAGGCAACGCUCCUGUGAUUCCUCUGGUGUUGCAACAGAAUGUGGGCGGCGGUAAUCACUUAACACCAGGUGACCCGUACGCUCGUUUGUCCUCUCUUCCAAAAAAAAAUGUAUAGUGUGGAUAUCGCUGUCCCGAUAUAUCGAUAUAGAUAUCGUUUUCUAUCGACGUGACAUAGUACUUCGGGUCAUUAAACGUACUUCCGUACAGAAUACCGAAAUGCUACCAUAAUUGUAAAAUGUCAAGUUAAAGAGCGCGUACACUUUUGUAACAGGCCGGCAACGCUCCUGUGAUUCCUCUGGUGUUGCAAGAUAAUGUGGGCGACAGUGAUCACUUGUCCUCUUUUCCAAAGAAAAGUUGAAAAUGUGUUUUUUUUCUUUGGCCUUUUUAUGUCUAUAAUGAUUAUGAACAGUUGUUUGUGAAAUUAUAUUAGGUAUAUAAUUAAAAAAAAAUAUUCCAAUAUUAAGAUCAAACCAUGGCCGACUAUUAUUUAAAAUAAAUUUAGUAGUACUAAAUAACUUAGGCAUUACCGACAUACUAUUCCUAAUGUGUUUCCUUUGCAGUUGUGAUAAAUUACAGUUGAUAUUUUUUUAAUCAAAGCUUUUUAAUAAUAGUUAUAUCAAACGAGUUAGUUCUAUAUCGGUUAAGGGAAUUUUCUUUCUACCCUCACUAUAAGAUUCUAAUUUAAAAGAUUUCACCUUCAAUUCUAUUGAUGCACGUUGGUGGAAACUUUUAUUCUAGAUUUUAUUAUUAUGUUAAAUAUUAAUUUAAUUGCUGCUAAAUAUUAAUAUUAGCUCGUUACAUAAUCAAUUUAGUGAUGUUGAUUCUAUUUAUAUUGCUUCGAGUAUCGAACGAAAGGAGGCAUUUAUCUUGUUCUAUAUAACUAAAAUCAAUGUUUGUAUAGUUCUGAAACCAUCACAACCACCAACGGCUUGUAUACGCACGCAUAAUGCUAGAUUGUCUCCUUUCGGUUAAUACUCUAACUCUGUUGUUAAUAAACACGGAGUAAAGUUAUUUCAAGUUUAAAAUUUUUGUCACUUCAGAGUUCAGAAUUACGUGACAAUCAUUCAGAGUUCAGAAUUACGUGACAAUCACUACAGAAGUAAUUUAAAACUUGGAUUAACUUUACGAUUAUUAAUAAGACAGUAAGCGUAUAUGUGCAAUAUUCACACAAACUUACUAUUUUUGCAUGCGAUAGAAUUCAUUGUAAACAAAUUAAGUGAAUAGUAGUAUAAUAUCAUAAUAGCUUUAAAAGCAUUCAUUAAUUUUAGAGAAAUAACUCCCCCCGCCCCACACGAGUGCAAGGUUCAACACUUUGUCAUAACUAAAGAGAAUUUAAAGUAGUUUCAAACUGUAAGUCGUAAGAUAGAGUAUUAUAUAAGUAUUAUAUUAUUAGAUGUAUCGUAGGAUCCUUGUAAUUGGUUACCAUGUACUGUGCAAUAUACUCCAGUGAACGCGUCUACUUACGUUCGUUUAUAAAAGUUGCCUUGUUGCGGUCGUGAACAAGAAAAGUUUAGGUCAUCGACCUUAUGCUAUCUAUCCUUGUCGCUCUCGUACACGUAUCGUAAAAUUAAGUUAUAUUCCAGGGAGAAUUUCUGAAAUUAAUACUGCGCAGAAACUCUAAAACGCACAAAUUAAACAAAAUAAUAAACCUAGUUAAAUCUAGCCAAAGUAUAUCGUAAAAAGACUGAAAACUAAUGCUCUUUAUGAUUUUAUUCAAUUCCAUAAAACUUGUAUGCACUAAUGUGCGAAGAUUCUAUUACUAUUAUUCGUUUAAUACAAAUAAAUUUAUCAUACUAAUAUUAAAGUUAUGGCCAUCCAGGAUAAUUUAUAAUGCAAAUAAUGUGGAUUUUUUAAUACACUAUUUUGUAGCCGCUAUGAAGCUCAAAAUUAUGUUAGUGGUAUGUCAAUGACUUGUUUUAAUUCAUAAUAUUAUAUUUAAUUUUGUCUAGUCUUCCACAUUAGAACAUGCUUAUUAUAAUAAUUUUUGAAGUUGAUUUGAAUAAACCUACACCAAAUCAAAUAUGAUUUCAUCUCAACUUUUCUAUAGUCGAAUUUAAUGUAUGUUUGCAGAAACUACUCCGUUUGACAUUGACACCUGUCAAAUAGGAGUCUCAUAGCGUAUGUGUUAUACAAAACUUCAAUCAUUGAAAUAAAAAUUUUCUAGAAAUGUAGGGAAAGUGUUAAAGCUAUGUAUGGAUUAGAAUAUACUUGCGUAUAGACGACCUGACAGCCCGAUAAUGUGUGUGUUAGUAUAUCUGAUAGUGGGUUAAUAUUCUAAAUAGUAAGGAGCUAAUAUCAAGCGUGGCUGACUGUUUACGACUUGUAAAUUAAAAUUAAUUAUAGACGGUUACAGUGAGAUGCGCUUACCUUUUCUAUCUGGAUGUAACUCCGUUAGACAUGUUCUCCUCUCUUGUGCACACUUUAUCGAUACGCUAGUAAGUUGUAAGUCUGGGACAUUUUAUUAUACAGUUUGACUGGUGAAACAUUUAACGAUAUUUAAGGAGAGUAUACUCGCUACUUCAUUCUCGUUAUAAAAAAUGAUAGCUUGAUUGUUGAACUAAUUUCCCCAUACUAAAUAAAUUGAGUAUCAUAUUAUGUGACUCUUACGCUAGCUAAGCGCAAGCGCCAAUAGGUUCGUGUGUCCGCCUCCACAUUCGUAUAUUGUCUUAUCACCAGUCAUGCUGUAUAAAUCAUUAUUAUAGUGUGUAAUUAACUGCCUAUAUAAAACUUAUAUACAAUAAAUAAUUACAUAGAUAAAGAAAUAGUUUCUAGAGCUGUUCCUAAAAUAUUUAUGUCUUAUUGUUUUACUAUAAGCAGAUAUUAUAACACGAUAUUACGCCUAGAAUGUCAACUCACGCGUCACGUGGUGUAGUUAAACGGUGACUUUAGCCUUUCAAAAUAUUUCUAAUGAACAUCACAUACAAAAACUAGGCUUGAGCUUUUAUUGAAGAGGAACAAACACCGCCGAAACCUGGCUGUAUGGGCUCUAACCCUUUAUCCUUUCGUUGAAAUGAAUGAUGAACAAUUAAAAAUUUUGAUUUUUUUUGACAGCUGUAAUGCAUGCAGAUGGCAAUUUAGCAUGCAAUCAUGACGUAUAGAAUGGUAAUUGGUGAGUGUUUGUUAAAUCCAAUGUCCAAUCCCAUAUACUGACUAAGAUGUCUAGAGGAUAGCGCUUUUAAAACACUUUUUGGUGAAAGAUCUUUUUGAACCGAUUCAUUUUUGUUUAAUGCUAUGUUUUUAAACGGAUUUAAAAACUGGUUUUAAGACUUGAUUAUAGUUUAUAUUAAAAUAUAGAGGAUUUAGUGCAGUAUUCAAUAUUACAAUUUUUUAUUCAUUCCUGUAUUAAUUCUUGAAAAACAAACAGUCAUCAAUGAUGAAUAGGUAAGUGUAUUAAUAAUUUCCACUAUCGCCUUUAUAUUCAUUUAGGGAAUGUCUUUAACACAUUACCUUGAUAACAAUAGAAGUGUUAUGAGUACAGAAUAAUUAAGUAAUAUUACUUAAAUGUUAUUGUUGCUUAUUAAAAUAGAUAAGUUUCAUUUCACAAUAUUUAUAUUGUUAUAGCAUAAUUCACAUAUAUAAAAUAAUAAUUAUAGCUUAAACCAGAAUUAUUAUUAUUAAUCAAUUCUAACUGUAAAAUGAUAAUUGUUAGAUAUUGUACUCUGUUUGCCGAGAGUUGAUAAGUAUUACUAAAUGUCCUAAAAAGCGACUGUCGCAAACCAUAUAAGUUUCGUGGUAAGAGGCAAGCGUACGCCUACGCCGAUAUGUAUGAAAUAAAAAACAAUUUGAUUUAAUUUUUAUCAACUCUGGGCUAAGACUUUGUGAUUGUUAAUAUGAAUUAACAAGCACAUAAAAUCCUAAUAUAAUGAAUUAUUAACACGGCAUUUAUACAUUUAAGGCAGGUGUCUUUAAAGAACCUGAUUUAUUUACUAUUAAGAAAUGUUUGUUAAACUAAAUUUAAAGUGUGUCUUUGAGUAUGGCAGCAUUUACAGAUAAUUAAAUAAAAUUUUCAAAAUAUCACUGCCCUAAUGUUAAUGCAUAAUAUACUGUAUUUUUGAGAAUUUUCCUAACAUGAAAAAAUACUAUAAGCCAAUUUAUUGGGUUUUAUAUAAUAUAAUAUGUAUUUAUUGAAAGGUAUAAUAAAUGCUAGUUUAGAUUUUAGAGUCAUAUAAAGCUAUUUUAUAGUUAUUAGGGAACUUUGGUAAAAAUAUGUAUUAUUGAUAAAUUAAAUGAAAAUUUCUUAAAAUGUUAUUAGUAUAAAUUUUUUCCUGUUCUUAUAUUUAAUAUUAUUGUCCAUGCACUAUUGUUUACUUAUUGCUGGUUAAAAAUAUUGUAAUUUAAAUUGUGAUAUCAAACACUAUGGUAAAAUUUUAAUUAAAUAUAUUUUUUGGAGCGGACAACCCUCUUCACUAUAAUUGACAGUUUAUUUUUAGAAGUAGAAUCAUUUGUUAUAGCUAAAUAUUUUAGGUAAUAUAAUAUUAUUGCUUCUCAAAUGUUUAAGUACUCUUAGAAUGUUUAAGUUUAAACUAUUUAUUGUAUAUAAUAGAAACACCAAAGGUAUAAAUAAACAUGAACUAGUAUCACAUG